UUGAGGAGAACGGAAAUUUGCAGAUAGUGCGGUUAACAGAUAAUGCAAUUAAAGGUUUUUAUAGUAAAGGGGUUUUAGCUUUUUGCAUCUCGAAUAUAGUUACUAUAAAAAGAAGGUAUUUUGAAGGCAAAAUUUGCCAGCUUUUGAACUACAUCAACUCAACGUUACUACGCCAACUAACCACCGCUCCUGUAAAUGUCGACCGAUGCUCUGUGGCGGCUACCGUACUACCAUGGACUUCUACCGAGAGAAGACGCUGUAGCCAUGCUGAAGAAGGAAGGAGACUUCAUCAUUCGGACGAGCGAGGAGUUUGCCGGUGAUGCCCGAUCGUACGUUUUAUCGACGUUCUUCGAAGGAGUUCCAAGACACUACAUCUUCCGGACACAACAAAACAUGUUUGCCAUCGACUUCAAGAAAAACAGAGGCUACGCCACGAUCCAGGAAUUUGUGGAAGCUCAUCUACAGAGUAACACCUCCAUCUGCUCGGGCAGAAACGUCUUGCUCAAGCGCGCGAUUGGACGACAUGAUUGGGAAUUAUCACACUCCGCGAUUAAGAAAGGUGAUGAGCUUGGGAGUGGCGCAUUUGGUGUCGUCCGGACUGGCACAUUCACCGCCGCUGAUGGAACAGUCAAAAACGUGGCGAUCAAGGAGGCUACGCUGUCUAAAUGCACGAAGGACCAGAUCAAGGAGUUUAUGAACGAGGCAAGAGUCAUGAGGAAGUUCAAGCACCCAAAUGUCAUCUUCUGUUAUGGUGUAGCAGUGGGUCAGGAGCCGCUGAUGAUCGUCAUGGAUUUGGCAACCGAGGGCGCUCUCAAGGACCAUCUACAGCGCCAGACGAGAAGUGUGCGCAGCAAACUAUACAUGUGUCUUGGAGCUGCUUCAGGCCUCAGCCACGUCCACGAUCGAAAUGUUGUCCACUGCGAUGUCGCCGCUAGGAAUUGCCUGUUCAGUGAAAACAAGAUCGCAGACUUUGGCCUUGCCCGUGAAUUGGAACACAAGGAGAAGUGCAUUAAGCUGCGCAAAGAUCAGCGAUUGCCAAUCAAGUGGCUUGCCCCUGAGACCAUGAUCGAGCGUGCUUGUACAAAAAAAUCUGAUGUCUGGGCAUAUGGAGUCCUCUGCUGGGAGAUCUUCUCUAAUGGUGCUACGCCUUACGCCGGGGUUGGAAGCAACAACAUUGUUGCCAGAAAGGUUAUCACAGGCGAGCGUCUUAGGUUCAGCGACGACACUCCAGAGGAGUUUGCGGAGCUCAUCACGAACUGCGUUUGGAACGGUGACGCGGACAUUCGCUGCAGUAUCCAGCAGGCUAUGUUGUGGAUGGACCGGAACAUAUUGCGACUUGUUGGAAGUGAUACGGCCUCAGUCCAUACGUCUAUGGGAGCAACAGCAACGGCAAGCAACCGGGGAAGUGGAGACAGGAGCUCUAGACGUUCAUUAUCAUCGGACAACAAAAGCAGUCGAAGAAGCAAGAAAUCUGGAAGAGGAUGA